AUGGAAGGCUAUGGUUACCCUUACUCAACAACCCACCCGCAGAUGCGAGGCCCAGACGGAGAGUAUCCUGAUCAUGGAGAUGGCUUUGGUGAAUAUUAUGGACUUGGGCCUCUGAACGAGGAACGAGGAAGAAGUAGCAGGUCAAAGCAACGCCUGCGUAGGACCAAAGAAGGUAAAAGAGCUCGCUCAAGGAGUGGCAGCGUAACAAAAUCGCGAUCCCGAUCGCGCUCGCGGUCGCGUUCGCGGUCGCGGUCGAAGUCACGGUCGCGAUCGCGUUCGCGGUCGCUAUCCCAUGCAAGAACUCACACCCGCAGUCGCACUCGAUCGGGGACCCGCCAAAAAGGGUUUAACAUGAGAGAUCCAAGUUUUUUAGACGCCUUCAGAGUGUUAUAUCUUACACCCAGCAGAAGCAGGAAAAAUCCAUCGAAGUUCUUAGCGACGAAGAAGCGCCAGGAUCGAGUCCAGGAGUUUCUCAAGCAUGAUGGUCUUGGAUCGAAACGUUGGCUUUUCUACCCGAGGCAGAGAAGUCAUAACAAUGUUUCUGAUGAACAGACUGAAGAAGUGCCGGGGAGUCGAGACAACUGUGACCAAAGGAUCAAGGUGGAUGGAGAAUUCUUCAGAAAAUAUAAACGAAGUAAAAAAAUAGACACUGAUGCUCCAAUUGCCAAGCUCAAGCGCUGGGAGCUGAUCUUCUAUAAAAAGUUGGGCUUCCUAGAGGCCGUUUGA